AUGGAGGAGGUAAAGAUUGAGGAUGGUGUCGCGCCAAACGGGAUCAAUAUGGAGCAAGAUCCAAGCAGGGCAUCGGCGCAGAAGAAGAGUAACCAGGGGUCUCGCUCCGCUAGCAUGUCGCCCAGUGAGGGCAUGGUCAACGGCGAAGGCAUCUCGACGCCAGGAGGCACGCAGCGACCGAAACUUUCACGCAAAGCAUCACAGAAGCCCGUCAAGCGCGAGUCGCCUCUAUUCCACGAUCUGCCAGACGUCACGGAGCAGUCGUGCAGUACCUUUCAGGUCAUACCCGAUUGUCUGUAUGGAUCCAAGCACAUGGGCUCGACCGACAACGAUGCUCUCGACUGCGACUGCCGUUCCGAGUGGCAUGAAGGAAAAAAUUUAUCGUGCGGCGAAGACUCCGACUGCAUCAACAGGGCGACGAAGAUGGAGUGCCUUGCUGGCGGCGGCAACUGUGGCGAUGGCUGCCAGAAUCAGAGAUUUCAGCGGAAGCAGUUCGCCGAUGUUUCAGUCAUCAAGACGGAGAAGAAGGGCUUCGGACUUCGUGCCAACGUCGAUAUGCAGGCUAACGACUUCAUUUUCGAGUACAUUGGCGAGGUCAUUAACGAGCCAACCUUCCGACGACGGAUGAUACAGUACGAUGACGAGGGCAUCAAGCAUUUUUACUUCAUGUCGCUGACCAAGCACGAAUUCGUCGAUGCGACAAAGAAGGGCAACCUGGGGCGUUUUUGCAACCACUCAUGCAACCCGAAUUGCUACGUCGACAAAUGGGUCGUCGGAGAAAAGCUGCGCAUGGGCAUUUUCUCCUCACGCAAAAUCAAAGCCGGUGAGGAGUUGGUGUUCAACUACAAUGUUGACCGCUAUGGAGCCGAUCCCCAACCCUGCUACUGUGGCGAGUCGAAUUGCACUGGAUUCAUUGGUGGCAAGACCCAGACCGAGCGGGCGACCAAGUUGCCCCUUACUACAGUGGAGGCGCUCGGCAUUGACGACGGUGAUGCCUGGGACACAGCGGUGGCCAAGAAGCCGCGCAAAAAGAAGCCAGAGGAAGACGACGAGGAGUACGUUAACAGCGUGCAGGCUAGAAGCCUCGACGAUGAUGAUGCGCGCAAGGUCAUGGCGACUCUUAUGCAGUGCAAGGAGAAAUGGAUUGCUGUCAAGCUGUUGCAGCGUAUUCAGCAGUGUGAGGAUGAGCGGGUGAUCCACUCCGUCAUGCGCAUGCACGCCUACCAAAUUCUCAAGACAACGCUCAACACCUUUAUCGACGACCACAACGUCGUUCUCCAGGCUCUCGAUAUUCUCGAUAAGUUCCCGCGACUGACCCGAAACAAGAUUGAGGGCUCCAAGAUUGAAGCCACCAUUGGUGUACUUACUCAGUCUGAACAUGAAGAGGUCAGCGCGAAGUCGAAGAAGUUGUUAGACGAAUGGUCCAAAUUGGAGCUUGGUUACCGCAUCGGGAAGCGAAAGUUUGACCCCAACACAUCUGCCACGAAUUCCUUCCAAGAGAGGCGCAACAUGGACCGCGAAGAGGAUGUGACUGCGAAAUCGACUCCUGACCCCCUUCAGAAUGUCGAAAUCCCCAAAGGACCUCGAAGCAACAUUCCGCAACGAAACACACAUUUCUUCAAUGGCCCUCCGCGCCAACGAAGACACCAAAACUUCAAUGGUCAUGGAGCAUUACCACUCGGAUGGUUUACAGCGACGGAUCAGCGCGGGAACACGUACUUUUAUAGCAAGAGCGGUGCUACGACCUGGCAACGUCCCACCAAGCCCGCUGACGCUCAAAAGUCGACACCCAAGGCGUUGCAAGAGCAGCAGCUGCUCAAGAACAUUAUCGACCAAGUCACGAAGGAGCAAACUCCCAGGCCUUCGGCAUCACAGACACCGCAACGCGCAGAGACUCCCGUUCAGGAGAACAAGCAGGAAAAGUGGCGAUCUCUUAGCAUCGACAAACAGAUGAAGAUCUAUGAGAAUACGCUCUUCCCCCACGUCAAGUAUGUCGUCGAUAAGUACAGACACAAGCUUCCCAAGGAUGAUCUUAAGCGACUUGGCAAGGAUGUUUGCAAGAAACUUGUGUCAUCAGACUACAAGCGCAAUCGAAUCCAAGACCCCACGACUCCACUUGACCAGAAGCAAGCUAGAAAGGUCAAGGCUUAUGUGAAGGACUUUUUGGACAAGGCUAUUGUGAAGUUCAGACAUCUCGAGAAGGAGAAGGCGACUCCCGAAGGCGACAUGGACAAGUCCAAGGACUCUGCCACUUCGACCAACAAGGAGAUUGAUUCACCAGCCGACGACGUUGUGCUGUCCGACAAUGAGGAAGGCGGAUCAGUGGGUAGUCCUGAGCGCAAGCGCAAGCGUGAGGAGGAGGUAGCUGAGUUACAAACCCUGACUCCCUCAGAUGAGCCAUCUGUGAAGCGCCUUAGGGAGUUUGAUGCGGAUGGUGCAACACCACCGCCUCCUCCCCCGCCACCUCCUGCUGAUCCGGCACCUACUGCUACCCCUGAGGAGCCGCUGUCAGAAGAACAAAGGGCCCUGAAGGAGCAGGAGGAGGCUCUAAUGCGAGAGAACGAAGAGUCUGAACGUCUGGAAGAAGAAGAGCUUACCAAAGCUAUGGACAUCGGAAGCACCUUGAACGGUCACCCCCCCGUUAAUGGGGGAGGAGCUGUCGAUCAGUCUGCCAUUGCCAACACCGGGAAUGAAGUGGCUCGGCAGCAAGAGGUUAUGGGUCACUAG